UGGCCGGUUGCCACCGCGGCGGUUGGGCGGCCCAUAGCGUCGUCAGUCAUCGACCAACCCGCGGCGCGGCCUCCCUCCAAUUCCCACGCGUCGCGCGGCGCCUCCGCUCGCCUCGGCGCGCCAUGGCGGGGUGGAUCUCCUCCAAGCUCAAAGCCGCCGAGACCCUCCUCCACCAAAUCGACCAGCAGGCGGCGGACUCCCUCGGCAAGUCCCCCUCCGCCUCCGACCUCGCAGCCCUCCAGCCCUCCGCCGACUCGCUCCUCGACGUGCCCCCGCGCAGGCGGCCGCCUGCCGGCCCGCCUCCCUCCCUCGGCCUCCGCCUCGCCGUGAAGCACCCCUCCCCGUCCCAACCUCCGCCUUCCCCUGCCCCCCGCCGCUCCGCGUCCGCGGCGGCAGUGCUCGCGGUGCAGGAUCAAGUCGGUGGUGGGCCGGUGGGGGUGGUGGCCGAGGCGAAGGCGGAGGGGGAUCGGGAGGACGGGAAGGGCGGCGCGUCUGAGAGUGUGAGCGGGAGCGACGAGGACUCGGAUGGGUCGGGGAGCGACGAUUCGGAGGAUUCGGAGGAGGAGCGGCGGAGGGAGGAGGAGAGGAGACAGCGGCGGGCUGAGCGGCUUGCGGUUAUGGCUGCGCGUGCAAUCGCCGAGCGAGAGGAGGCCGUUGCGAGGCUCGAGGGAGAGAAAGCCGGGCUUGAGAAGCUACUCGCUGAGCGUGAGAAGGAGCAGGCGCAGGAGGCUUCAGAGUUGCAGACCAGUAUGAUUGAAACCAUGGAAGCAAUGGAGGUAGAGAAACAGCGACAUCACAGCACUAGAAUGGAAGCCCUUGCCCGGUUGGCUAGACUUGAGGUUACAAAUGCAGAGCUUUCGAAGUCGCUUGCCAGGGAACAAUGGAACCUGGAAGUUCAAGUUGAUCAAGUGGCGCAACUUCGAGAGGAAGUUGAAUUGAAGAUACUUGCUCAAGAUAAAUAUAAAAGAAAGAUAGCAAAGAUACAGAAGACAAGUGCCCCUCCGGUUGAAAUAGAAUCCUUGAGAAGGUUCAAGCUGGACCAAGAAAUUAUUGAUGCAGAAUACAAACUGACAUGUGAUAGAAUUGUCAGCUUGAAGGACAAUGCAAGGAAGAUUGAAGAAAACAUUGAGCUGACUAGAAGAGAUAUGAUGCAUCCUACAGAGGUGGAAAUUGAACUCAAGAAGAGGCUUGCUCAACUAACCGAUCGGUUAAUUCAGAAACAAAUGCAGGUUGAGUCUCUAUCAUCAGAGAAGGCAGCUUUGUCAAUGAGAAUCGAGGCAGUUUCGAGGUUGCUCGACAAUAAUGCCUCAUCGCUGGCUUCUUGGAGCUCAUCAUCAAGAAUAGAUAUUGAAGCUGGUGCAUGGCAAGAAUCAAAUUCGCCAAGGCUGCGCGACAGGAUACGGGCUGGACAGCAGCAACUGGGAUCCGCAAUCCGACAGCUCGAUUCCAUCUUCUCAGCUGGGCAUAUCUUCUUGAGGCGGAAUCCAAAGGCGCAGGUCUGGGCCUUGGUGUACCUGGUAUCCUUCCACUUAUGGGUACUGUACAUACUAACAUCACACCCAACAGUAUCAGAGAUUCACCCUGGCGCUGUCUUUUCUUUGGAAUCAAUAAACAAGACUAGUAUUUGAUCUUUUUUCUGAUCUAUGCUGGGCCAUACGUAUAUUCUUGUGUAAACGAGGCAUUACUGUUCUUUCUUUUUUCUUUUUUGGUUGAGUAAAAUGCGGGUGUGACUAUUCUUGUUCGCGCUAAUUUAAGUAUAGGAGUUUGAACAUCCAUAGAAAUAUUGUAACUGUAUCACACUUUAUUUUCAUCGACAAUUGGGCACAGUUUUUUCUUUU